CGGAUCUACGUCACCGGGUCACGUGAUCAACAAAGCUUUUCCCGCCAACACCGUUCGGUCUUCACGGAGGAGAAACGGAUAAGUUUUCUGAUCGAGAGUUCGGGAUGUUCUGCGAGAAGGCCAUGGAGAUGAUCCGGGAGCUGCACCGGAUGAGCGACGGACAGCUGCCCGCUUUCAACGAGGACGGGCUGCGCCAGGUUCUACAGGAGAUGGAGGCUCUGUACGAACAGAACCAAGCUGACGUGAACGAGGCCAAGUCCUUCGGGCGCUCAGACCUCAUCCCCUCCAUCAAACUGCGUCACUGCUGCCUGCUGAGGAACCAGCGCUGCAUCACUGCCUACCUGUACGACCGCCUGCUGAGGAUCAGAGCGCUGAGAUGGGAGUACGGCAGCGUUCUGCCCGCCAACGUUCGCUUCCACAUGUCUGCAGAGGAGGUGCAGUGGUUUGGUCAGUAUAAAAAGUCUCUUGCUUCCUUCAUGCGUUCCCUUGGUGAGGGGGAGGGGCUUGACAUCACACAGGACAUCAAGCCUCCAAAGAGUCUCUACAUUCAGGUGAGGUGUCUUAAGGACCAUGGAGAGUUUGAGAUCGAGGAUGGAACGGUGAUCUUGCUGAAGAAGAACAGCCAGCACUUCCUGCCUCGGUGGAAAUGCGAGCAGCUGAUUCGCCAGGGCGUCUUGGAGCACGUGGUGUCGUGACGAGAGAAGAUUGUGUGUGUGUGUGUGUGUGUGGUCACAACAAAUAAAAGUG